CCCAAUUUUGAACCACAGCAGUUACCAAUUUGUUCACAGCAACUGAAAUUUGCAAGGCUAAUAGAAACGUUUAGGCUGAAUUUAUAAUUUAACUAGUUAACAAACAUUCUAGGAAUGCAAUAAAGAAAAGUGCAAAACAAUAGAAUACAGUCGCACAUGGCGUUCAAAUGGUUAACAUCGCGAAAUAUCCAAAAAAUUGCUAAAGUACAUUACUCAUUACCGAAAGUGCUUAAAAUAAAUAGGAAUUACUGUCAUAUAUUCCAAUGGCGACGUAAAUUCGAUGAAAAGCAUGGCCUUCGAUGCUUUGCUUCCAACUUAGCAUCCUUAGAGGCCGCUCAGCGAGAACUUGAUCAAAAGAUUAAGGACCUAGAAAAAACUUAGAACAAAUAAGAAAUAAUCGAAUUAACGACUCGCCCUCUAUUGACUUAUCAGAAAAGGACUUGGAGCAAGUUCUUUAUUCUAUUGAACAAGCAGACAAAACCAAUGCCAAAGUUGCAACUCAGGACGAACAAAAAGCUUUGCCUGACGCUAGUUUCUAUUUGGGACCUAUUCUUUCAGAAAGGCUACAACUUGACCAUAAUGAUACCGACACAUAUAGUUCCCUAACAGCUGUAGGUAAUGAUCGCAAAUGGUUGAAGUUUAAUGAGAAAAGUAAAGAAAAGUUUGACGCUUGGAAACAGAAAGUCGUUGCUUUACUAAAUGACCCAAAUUGCUUUCAAGGAGUCUCUAAAUCGCAAGUAGAAUACUUUGUCGCAGCAUUACCUACUACGUUGAAGGUAAAUAAUAUGCAGCGAAUCCUUGAGAACCUUGGAAAUACAAAUUUAGGCAUUUGGCACGAAUUAUGCUAUCAGUUCAUGGUUGCGUGUAAUAGAAAGAAGUUACCUCUUAUGUCUUUGGAAGUUUUGAAACGAUAUAACAACAUUGGUUCUACCUUACAUUCAGAUUUGUGCUGUGCACAAGCAAUUGCGUUAACCCAACUUGAACGCUACGACGAAUUAAUGGAGCUUGUCCAGCGUUAUCAAAAUGAAAUGAAAUUACCUGAGCAUUCGUUUUUAAGCGUUUGCUUGGGCUCCUUUUGCAAAGCUCAAAUGACUCAACAAGCAAUGUCUCUAUUUGACUAUAUGAAGUUCGUCUCAAUUAACACAGCUCCAGAUAAUCGCGAUUAUGAUUCCUUAAUAUAUCUUUGUGCAAUUCAAAAAAGACCAGAGAAAGCUCUCGAGCUGUACAACGAUAUGAUUAAGCGACCUAUAAAUCCAUUGAAGCCAACCGAGCUUACAAUCAAUAACUUAAUUCAUGCUUUAUCGGCGGACAAAAAGUAUCAUCCUUUUGCUUUUGCUUACCUAUCAGAGUUCUCAAAGUUCGGUUUAACCCCGAACGCACAAACAUCUUUUGAGCUUUUAAGAUUUGCUGCUCAAAGCGGUAACGUCAAUGCUUUAAAAAACCUGUAUUCUGAAUACUGGGUUCAAAGUCCAGUUUUACCUAAGAUUUGCAGUAUUGAACGAUUAUUCAAUUUUGCUUACAGAGCUUACGCAAAUGCCAAUGUACAGGAAUCUUCUGUGAUUCCAAGUUUCGAUAGGAUCCGGGAAAUUGCGAAAAAAAAUUUAGGAGAAGAUGAAAGCUAUAGGUUGCCAUUUGGUUUACGGAAUAUAAGUACGAAAUCGGAUUUAUUUUACGCUGCUGUGUAUACACGCGAGUACACGAAGAAGUAUCACCCCGAAGUCGUUACCAAAACAAGUUUAUCUUACUUAAAUGUAUUUUCAACACAAAAGAAUUUAGAACUUUUCAAACAUGUCUAUUCUACAGAAUUUUGUCAACCUGAUUUCAUCGAAAAACUGGAUACGGAAAAGCAAUUUAUCACAAAAAGGAACAUAUUAGUCUAUUAUUUCGCAAUUUACGUUUCUAUACAAUGCAAUGACUUUAUUUUUGGAUAUGGUGCUUGGCAAGAUUAUUACCGGUAUAAGGAUACGGGUAUUAUACCUGCUGAUUUAAAGGGAUACGAACAAAAAAUUACUACGCUUAUGAUUUCUCUGUUUUCUAAGCAUGGGUUCUUAGAAUUAGCAAGGAAGUUAUUAGUAGCUAGUCUUAAUCAAGGAUGGGAAUGGACACCUCAUUCAUUGGGACAUCUAAGAAGGCUUGCUACUCUUAAAAAGGAUCAUGCAACAGUACAAUUAAUUGACGGUAUUACCGGGAGACAAAUUUUAACUUAGACAAGAAAUUUAUUAAUAUAUUAACAUA